GAAGGGACGGUGUUGAAUAACCCGGUGCUUUUAUGGAGGAUACUGGCAGCAAUUAAUAUCCGAAAUAUUAAACUUAUACUAAGACUUGAUGAGGUGUCCCGUGUCUUCGGCGAGCACUGCGUGCGGCCGUAGGAAGAUGGACGGUGGACUUUCUGGUAGGGAGAGAAGCAUAGUUUCGCUGAUGAAUGUAAGCCGAAUACAAGAAACAUAUAAUUCUUUAACUCUCGGUUGUAUUAUUAACUUUUCUACCCUCAAAAUGUAGUUACAGCUGCUGGAACUAAAUUUGACGUGUUACGAAUAUCACAACUGGAAAUGUGCGCACCAGUGUAACACGCUUACGUAGCCUAUAAUGCAUACUUUAUCCAUGCAAUCAUUGUUUUUCUUUUAAAGCAAAGUACACUACAACAACGGGUGUCACAAAGGGGGUUUAAAUAUGAAGCAUUAUUCUCCACUGCAGCCUUAAAAAAACUUACGUUGAAGGUGAUUAAGGGACUUCCUUCCUUUCUCAAAUCUCUGUCUCUGGGCUGGGCGUUUAUAAAAAACGGGCACACGGUCCCAGCAAAGGAGAACUUCCCAGACUGGGAUCUCAUACUUACUUGUUGAUUAAAAACAAAGUCGUAACUAUCGAUCUGAAUUAAAUAAGCUUGAGAGAAGAUCAUGAAGACUUUCCUUGCACUGCUGAUGGUCGCAGGCUGUGCGCGCCUGGUUGAAGCUGCCGGUUCCUAUAACUGUUCCUGCGACGGGGACGUCUGUUUCUCCGCGAUCGCCGAGUCCAUCGACUACGAGGCGUCCCUGAAAGCCUGCCGACAGAGGAGCGGCUUCCUGGCCGCCGUGCGAUCGCGGCAGUCCAGCCAAGUUAUCGCUCAUCUCUUGGAAAAUGUUAAGGGUGAGUUUUGGAUCGGCCUAAAAUUAGACUCCGUGUGCUCAGACCCAUCGUCCGAAAUGAGGGGCUACAACUGGGCGACAGGGGGCAACAGCACGGACUUCACGAACUGGAAGGACAGCCACAGGACGUGCGAGCCGCGGUGCGUCUCCCUUUCCAGUGACCUUAAGUGGACGGAGAGACCAUGCAGCGGGAGGAUAGAUGGGUAUAUAUGCCAAGGCGGGCUGGGAAACACUUGCGGCCGUUUGGGGGAUCAGCCUAAUGGGGUCGUUCUGUAUAACACCAGUUACCAUGCAAGUAAAGCACUUUGUUCUGUUGAGGCGGGCAGCGAGGCAGUGAGCGUCCCAUCGGGGUAUAAAUACAUCUGCGACGGCAAGGAUUGGGUUCAAGCACCCUGGAGCUGCGAAGUUAACAAGGGCGGCUGCGAUUUUGACUGCGUUAGACAUGAUCACAUUCUGCAGUGUGUCUGCCCCAGUGGAAAAGUGCUCGGAGGGAACGGUGUCAGCUGCGUGGAUGACCCGCGAGACCCCUGCUUUUCCUUAUCCUGUCAGCAGUACUGCAUCCCAAAGUCCGGCUGCGGCUGCCGAGAUGGAUACGAGCUCGCCGAGGACGGGAGGCAAUGCAGGGACAUUGAGGAGUGCAGCGACAGCAGGUUUUGUGCUGACGGACUGUGCGUCAAUACACCAGGCUCCUUUACCUGCACCUGCCCCUCCGGAUUCGAGAUGUCAGGUAAUAAGUGCGUGGACAUCGAUGAAUGUCUGUCAAACCCGUGCGAUCACGAAUGCCUCAAUACGCAUGGUAGCUUCAGCUGUUCGUGCUUUGAGGACUUUAUAAAAGUUGAUGAGCUUUUUUGUAAAUACCACUGCCCGAAGGAGGAAUGCCCUGCGAAAUGCGAUCCGAACAACGAGAUGCACUGUUACUGUCCGGAGGGAUACAUCGCCGACUUCAGAGACACGGGCACCUUCUGUGUCGACAUCAACGAGUGCCUGCAAAAUGAGUGUGAGCAGAACUGCGUGAACACUUACGGAAGCUACAUAUGCUCCUGCGAGAAUGGAUAUCUCCUGGAGGAUGGAUUUAAAUGCAAGGAACAAGAUGGAGGGGUGUACGACUUUACAACUCCAAUUCCAACGCGUCCAGGACCUAAAACUUCGUCAGUUUCACCCGGCGGUUUGUUUGCCAUCAUAGUGUGCGUUGUAGUGAUGGUCUUGCUGUCGGUAUUACUCUUGCACCUUAAAAUGAACUCCAAAUGGAUUUUCAGAGGCAUCCGCAACAACAACAGCGAAGACAUGAAGAACCUCCAGCAUGUGACAGCUGAGAAGGACAAUAUGCCACUCCCUGACAGACAUUUACCACUGAACACGUGCUAGCACCUGGGGCUUAACCUUAUUUGUUUACUUCUUGCCAGAUGAAAGAGCCUGUUUAAAAGGAUCUGAAUGUUUUGUAAUAUAAAUGAUAAAAAAAAAAGUAUAAAAUUAUGUUUGCACUUUUGGUGUUUUUGGUCAAAAUGACUGUUCGAUGAGCAUGACCUUGAGGUACUUAAGUUAACUGUCGUUUGAAAUGAAUGUAAUUAUUUGGUUGGUAGACGUGAUCCCCGGGCAUCUCCCACACACACCUGUGUGUGAUCCUGACUCUGAUGUGCGAGUUGGGAACUAGUGGGAGAGAAAUGCAUUUCCCUUUACGUCACCAACCAAACGUAGCCUAUUUUAAAGUUUCAAGUCAUUAUAUUCUGUAUAACUACUGUGCUGCUGCUACACCUGAAAGUCACAAAACGGUUUGGUUGUCCAGUGUUCAGAGACAUUGUGAAGAAGUAUCAUUUAUGCUGUAAAAUAACCAUCUGAUGGUCUUGUAGAUGUCAUCAGUUGUGCCUCACUAUGCCUGUUUAUAAUUAAAACUGUUCUUUGGAUUGUU